GCCAAUAGAGAGCUUAGCCUGUGAUAAUAUCCCCAUGCGGUGACUGAGAGGAGUCAGAGCUAAGCCUCUCCUUCAGCGGGUCUUUUACCCCCCACCCUCGCGCUCCUCCGAGCAAAGCCAGCCGGAGCUCCUUGCAAAGCCAGGCACGCACAGACAGCUCUCCUGAAGCAGAGCUCUUAUGGGCAUCGGCGGCGGCGGGAAGAGCCCUGGCAGACCACGCUUCCUCAAGUCGCUGCAUUGGACUAUACGAGCACCCCGGGACUGAAGGGACAGAGGGUAGUCGCCCCAGCUGCUGGCAGGAUGAUCUGGAAACUUGCUUUGUUCCUGUUCCUCGUGUCCACUCUGGUUCAAGUGUCGUGUACCAGGAAAAACCGUCCUCCAGGAGCCAUCCCCUCUCCUUACAAAGACAGCAGAAGCAACAACUCAGAGAGGCGGCAACAUCUGAACAAAGAGGUGCUGGCCUCUAGCCAGGAGGCCCUGGUUGUCACAGAGAGGAAGUACCUGAAAAGUGACUGGUGCAAAACUCAACCUCUGCGGCAGACAGUAAGCGAGGAGGGCUGCAUAAGCCGCACCAUCAUCAACCGCUUCUGUUAUGGCCAGUGCAACUCCUUCUACAUCCCACGACAUGUGAAAAAGGAGGAGGAAUCAUUCCAGUCUUGUGCCUUCUGUAAGCCCCAGAAGGUCACCUCGUUUACUGUGGAGCUGGAGUGCCCUGAACUGGACCCACCUUUCCGACUUAAGAAAAUUCAGAAAGUCAAGCAAUGCAGGUGUAUGUCUGUGAACCUCAGCAGUGCAGGCAAGCAGUGAAAGUGAGGGUCAGAGUUGGCAUGGUCUCUCUUUCCCUCACACACAAGCUGGCUGGUUGUUUUUUCUUCCUUGUUGAGUCAUUUCUGGAGCAUUAUAUGCUUUUGUGCAUUUGCCUACUGGAAAUUAAAGGCUGGUCUUGACCUGAAGGUUCAGUUUCUCUUACCAAAACAGCGGUUUUAUGCUGGCAUCACCUUUUUAAUGAUAAAGACACAAUGACAAGAGCUGGGACUGAUUAUUUAGGUGGCCAGUGGCUUAAUCCAACAAGUUACACUUCCACUAUGUGGAAAACCUUUUGGUCUUCACACUAUCCCUGCUUUUGGAAGAAGAGAUGGCUUAGUGACAUCUUCAUAACUUCUUCUUCCCUUUUUGGAACUUUUCACUUCAUUUUUGACUGCCUAAUGGUGUCUUCCGUGGAUUGUAAUGCUGACAUCAAUACAGAAAGGAUUGUUUUAAAGGAAAGUGAUGGUCUCUCUAUCUGGCCUGAUUGAUAGGGCAGUUUAAAUGGCUGAUGAGGCUUAUCUUCCAUGGAGAUAUCAGCCUGCCGCUUUCCCAUUAAAAACAGUGAAGAUGGGUUUAUACACUUUUCUAGGUUGAUUGCCUCAAGCACACACUAGAUUGCCUCAAGCACACAUUUCUACAGCAGUGUUUCAUUUGUAAUGCAGCUAAGAACUUGUUGUUAAACUUGUUAAUGUAGACAUAACCAUGUAUAUUUUGUGAUGUGACUAAGAUAAAGCUUCUUAACUGUUGGACUAGAUUCUCCCUUGACCAUGACAGGGUUUUGCUAGUGUUCAUUUUUGCUUAGCAGACUUUUGCUUUCUCCCAUUCCAUCACGAUUGGGAAUCGGUACUUUGUGGACAAAAACAAUAUUGUGUUAAGUUAUUGAAACACAGUAGCACAGAGCAUAGAGCAAGUAACUUUGUAUUUCCUAUUAGUGAGUUAAUACAAACAAUACUCAAACUCUUUUUCUCACUCUUUAGGCAUGACCUUCAUACACUGAACCGGCCUUCAGAAACUUUUUCCACACUUAAGAAAAAUGUCUGUUAGUAAAUGCUAGCCAACUGCACCACUUUACCAUAUAACUGAAGAGAUUUUUUUUUUUUAAGUGGCCAUCAUAUGGUGAGAGAUAAUGAACCUUCACAAUUAAGCCAUCCAAUUUUGCCCAUUGUUUUUUUCAAAUCAGGGAAUCCUGUCACUUCUCAGUGGUAGUGGUGACUCUGAACAACAACAGAAAGGGCUGCCCCGUGGAUUUUUUUUUUUUUAACACUGUAGUAAUUUCUGGGUAGAAGUGUGUUUUUGUGUUUGUCAUUUGCCACAAGUGGACAACCACUUCUCAACCAAUAUUCUCACAGCAAAGACUUGCACCCUUAUUGCAUAUACUGUUGCCUGUAUUGAAAUUCUGUCUGUGUAGGAAAACACACUGUGUGAGGUGAUUGUAUUAUCCUGAUUCAUAAAGUGGUACAAGCCAGGUUAGAGCGUGUUCCAAAUGUGGCAGUUUAGAUUUCUCAAAAGUGCAUUGGGUACCACUGACAACCAUGACCCCAAUUCAUGACUUGGAGCUUUGCAUUUCAAAUGCUUGCAGCUGAAUGAGUCUUACUGUGAAGCCUUUUACUACCAGCUUCUUCUAACAGGAUCAUUUAGAGUUAAAGAAAUUGUUUUCUUUGAGCUGUGGGUUUGAUGCCAACUCAAGGGUUCAGUGGCACAGUUCUCUAUUAUGUGAGACAGGCUGCUUUAAGAGGCUUUGAGGGGCUGAUCUCUACUAGUGCUCACCAAUCGGUUUAUGGGGAUUGGCACGGGGAGGAGAGAUUGGGCAGGUAUGUUCGUCUUAUAUUUUUCUCCCUUGAUGUUACACAAUGGCAGAUCUGCACUUGGAAAAGCAAGACAAGGAAGGCAGAGACUUAUUUGGAGGUUACCAUUACCAUACACUAUGCCACUACUUCUGUAUAGCUUACCAAAGCUUGUUUGGAUAAGGGGGAAGGGUAGGGUGGGGUGGUUGCAACAUAUUAAAGCUUGGAUCAGGCCUGCUGCCUCUAGAAGAAAGAGAACAUAGGAACCUGACAAGAUGAUCAGAAUGUACUAGAAAGCUUGCUGAGCAACUGUGUGAGGAAACGUGCAAAAAUCCUAACACAAAUACCAUUUGUGAUAAACAAAUUAUAUGCUGCAGUAGAGGAAUGUCUUACUGAGUUUGUUUAAAAGGACGAGUUGAGUUGACCUUGUAAUGGUUCAUACUAUUUAAUUUGUUUUAUAAAUGAAAGCAAAAAUGGAAGAAAUAACUAUAAUGUAAUUAUUUUAUAGGUGUAUUGUUAAAUUAUAGAACAAAUAAAGAUAAUCUAGGAAUA